UGAAAACUCCGGACUCAAUCUGCAUUCAAAGAUCGCUUGUACUAGGAAACCGUUGACAACCUCGACAAUGGCCAAGAAAAGAAAGGCGAAAGCACCGGAUCGCAAACCCAGAAAAUGGUCGUGGGAGGAAAAGCGAACGUUGUUGGCCUGGCUCGAUUUCUCCCUGAAGCACAAGGAGAUUGACUUUGAUGAAGGCGUGGUUGACAAUUUGGGUGGUGCUUUCACCCACGAACAGAUUGAAAGACAACUGAAGACUCUUUGGAACAAUCGUGGCCCAGAUGGACCAGACUCGCCGAAGGACUGGCACGACAUAAAGAACCGUGGUUCUCGCUCCCUCCAUAAUAAGCACGGGUUGAACGAAAAUCAGAGAAAUGAGAUUGCACUUGCCGUUGAGAAACUGGAGAUAGUUUUCUUCCUCGAGCCCUCGACCCCGAACCGCCGACUGCGAAGUAGUUCCAGAGUGGAUGCAGGUUCUUCAAAUCAAAGAUCCUGGUUGAAUACUCCUCCUGUAGAGAAGAAUGGGAAGACUCAAGGACGCAAGCGCAAGCUUGACUCAGACUCCUCGAUACCACCUGAAGCGAAGCAUGAAAUUGAACGGGUCGACAUUGAAUCUUCAAAAACAAAUCCAAGCAGGAAAAAACCAAAGACGUAUUCAAAACGCGAUCGAACUCGCAGUACUCGUGCUACAGUUUGUAGUCCUCAUACGCCCCUCGCCGUUGAAGAGCGAUAUCCGAGCCUGCAGAACAAAGAGAAGCGAUCGACUACACUUAUCAAGGACAGCGAAGACGAUGUUUCUGAUACCUUGGACGGACAACCAGAUGGUCUCAAUUACAAUCGCGAGACAUCCAUUCCAUUCGGGCCACUAGGAACUGAAGACUCUACCACUUCUCUCUUGUCAAACAGCAACGAAGACGACGGUUGUGAUGAGCAAAGGAUACUCUGUACAAGUGGCGUAAAUGAGGUAGUACGUGGGAGUGGGAAUGAGCUGAUUGAGUGCAGCCAGUGCAAGAUCUCGCAGCACGCUGGAUGCGUGAAAUACUUUUGCCAAGAGUGCACGGAAGCCAAAAGCACACUUGCAGAGCGUCUUACACGAUCUAUCUCCUCACAAAUUGAUUCCAGCACCGAGACGGACGAGUUGAUUGAUCCAUGGCUACAAAGUGCAAUAAUUAAGAUCCAGGAGCUGCAGGAGAAUCUUAUGGAUAAGGAAAGGGAACUCCAAGAAAGCCAACAGUUUGUGGAGGACCUGAAUCGAGACGUUCACUAUUUGAACAUGGCAAAGAAGCAAAGGGACGAACAACACGGGCCUUCUAUAGAGGAGAGAAUGUUCAAGCAGCAAAAGAAGGUGCACAGUCUACUCAACGAGCUCCAAGCUCGUAGUAGACUGGGAACUUUCACCAAGUUAACACGAACAUCGAAUCAUCAGGGCACUUCAACAGACAUCAAGGUCGCCUUGAAGGAGGCGUACCACAAUAGCCACAUGAUAUUUCGUAAUUUGGAGAUCAAAGGAUUUCCAUUCAUUCCUCAACUGCAAAUGCAUGACAGACUUCUCGGCUUGGCUCAAAGGGUAGCUGGGUCGAGGCUAGACUCUGUUCCCCAACCCAAGGAUAGAGAGAUAUUGAGCAUCGAUCCUGUGGCACUGUUACGAUCGUUGACGGUGACUGCGCUGCAGGACUGGGUUUUCGAAACGGAUUUUCCAAAUUUUGAAGAUAAUUUGUCAAUCACGCUUGAAGGGUAUCGAGACCUUCUUGCUAGUCAAGAUGGCGCACUUGCCCUGAGAAACCUUGAUCUGGCUGCUUUCGAGGCCAAAAUCGGGAAGCCAAAAUUCAAGACCUCGAUUCUUCCGAUGGAAGCCCAGAGACUGGCUGUACAGCUUUCUCAGACGUUGGCCCCAUUCUUUACCCGUAACCCACGAGAUCCGCAAGAACUGAGCUGGGACGGUUUUUCAACUUGGGGUGACUCCAUGAAAACAUGGAAAGAGAGACAAGAACAUCUUGUAAAACUGUUCACUGACGCUUUGACGACUAAAGCGAGCUCCUGCCUGAAUAUCGAAGACUAUGAGAUGGUCUUAUAUGCUCCUGGAACAAAGUUCGACUCAAAUACAAUGGAAGCAGAGAGGAUGGACGGCACGACAGAUACCGGUGAUCACGAAGGCCGAGUUGUUCGAAUUUGUGUUCAGGCGGCUGUCUUCGUACAUGCGAGAAAUCCUGUCUCGAACGACGCUUCCGUGUCAGAAUCGAUUAUCUCAACAAGGAACUUCGUGAGGAGAAAUGAGAACGAGAGGAAAGGAUUAAUACCUGGCCUCAAAGCCGUUGUUGUGCUCGCGGACAUGGACUGAAUCAGAACCUCCGCGGCCAAGCCGUCUGAAGACCACCACUACGCGAAUAAGAGGGUAUUGCACUGUCCACAGUCGAUAGUGAGAUCAUUUGCUGGCGAUACGUACAGUUGUAAAGGGUGAUCAAAUACAUUUUAAGUCGAGGUGAUGUCUAGUGGGAACAAAAAAGCACACUGUACAAACAUGUUUUCAAAAAUACAGCCUUUGGUGCCUUCCUGCG